CAUCAUCCUCAGAGCCCAGAGCGAAAACGAGACUGGGAGUGGGGAGGGCGGGAGGUGGGUGUAUGGGUGUGUGUGUGUGUGUAUAUGUGUGUGAGUGUGUGUGUGUGUUAGAGUGUUUGUGUGACACAGAGAGUGAGCGAGAAACAGACGGAGAGAAGGAGAGACAGAAAGAGAGAAAGAGGAGCCUGUGCGUUCGUUUCACCUCCUAAUCAGUUUUCCUGGGGGAUCCAUCAUCGACUGCAGCAGAGGAGGCAAGUCAGAAAGCGGAAGAAGAAGACAGUAAAAUUCACCCCGGCUAUAAUCUUCUCUCAUCGCAAAUUUGAGCCUCAUACAAAUGACAGAAAUGGACGCCCCUCUCUCCACCCCCUGCAAUAUACAGAUUUGUGAGGUGACCUGUGACUCCUUCCGCAUCAUUUGGGAUAUGACCCCUGAGGACACUGCCAGAGCAACACACUUCUUCAUUGACCUGAGCCGCAAAGAGAGCAGAGACCCCAACCGCUUUAAACACAGGGAUGUGCCGACCAAGCUGGUGGCCAAGGCUGUGCCUCUUCCUAUGGCAGUAAGGGGCCACUGGUUCCUCAGCCCGCGGACAGAGUACUGUGUUGCUGUCCAAACUGCUGUCCGACAGCCAGAUGGUGACUACCUGGUGUCAGAGUGGAGCCAGGUGGUGGAGUUCUGCACCGGAGACUAUGCCAUGGAACACCUACAGCAGCUUCUCGACAAGGCCAAGGGCUCUGCUGGGAGGCUGCUGAAAUUCUCUGUGUUUUAUCGCAACCAGCACCCAGACUACUUUGACAACGUCAGAAGGGAAUGUGGAGCCCUGAUGCGUCCAGCCCUAAAAGACAGCAGUGGGAGUCAUGGUUCUCCUAUCAACGGCAAACUGCAAGGAGUCUUCUUCAGCUGCAACACAGAGUUUGAUACAGGCCUCCCUCCCAAAGACUCCCCAUAUGGCCCCUUGCGUUUCCAGAUCCCUGCUGGACACCUGCUGAACCCCAACAUCAGCCUGUACUUUGCAGACUUCUACUGUAUGUACACAGCCUAUCACUACGUGGUGCUGGUGCUGGCCCCUGUUGGCUCAGAGGGAGACACCUUCUGUCGCACCCGUCUCCCUAUGCUGGACUUGGCCUCCAACCCCUUCCUCACAUACACUGUCCCCCAGAGGCCGGGGGAGGAGCCUCUGUACUGCCAUGCCAGUGACGUCAUCCUUGAGGUGCUUUUCACCGAGCCGGUUCAUUUGGAUCAGGGCAGUGUGGAGCAGAUCAGCGGCCACCACCAGCUUAAGAGUCAAACCACAGCCAACGCCAAAAAAGACCCAAGCUGCAAAGUGUGCAACAUCAGUGUGGGACGCUGAGGGAAGAUGCUGAUGUAGGACAGACCUGGGGGUGUGUGAGCCUACAAUACUGAAAGACAGAGUGCUGCACAAGAUAAAACAGUGGACCCCAUCAUGUCAAGGUCAGAACACAGUGGAAACAGCCCACCUCUCGGGGUGUGUGCAUGCUGCUGUCCCUCCUCCCUCCUGCCUGACUAGAGUAGUGAGUUUUAAAUAGAAGACUUUUACAGAGUGCUUCGCAGAACUUCAUCAUGAUCACAGCUGGAUAUAACCAGAGACGUUAUAUAACACAGUAAACAUCUAUCCACGACAUGAUAAGCUUUAGAAGAGUGAAGAAAAUCUGUGCUCCUUUAUUUGCUGAUACCUGUCACCUGUGCUCUCUGGUUACUUUGUGGCAUUUUCUGGAUAACGUUUUCAAAACUUAAAUGUUUUUCUAAAGAGUUUUUGUUACGCUGUACUAGUUUGAUGUGCUUUCUUUCAGAAAUUUGUGUUUGAUACAACCUGAAAGUGCAAACGCCAUAAGCAUGCCCCUUUUAUAAGUUGAUGGUUUUAUCAUAAAUAUUUCUACUGCUUCUGAUGCUCUCUCUACAAAGUCACUGCCAAUGUUCAGUCUUUAAAAAAAAGACAUUAUCACCAAAUGUUUAAUAAUAAGAAUUUGCCAAAUACUUUAAUGCUUGAUAAAUAAUUGUAGAGUUAUGAUUAGGAAAUUCAUUGUAAUGAUUAAUGACAGUGUCUAAAUGUUGCACGACAGACCUUUACUGCAGAAAAAUAUGGUGCAAUGUAACAAUGAAAGCAAGGCCGCUGAGUGUGUUUGGAUUUUAGGAGGAAGGUAAUGGGGAAGAUGGUAUCACAAAGUUCCCUGCAAUCGGUAUCUGACAGCAAGCCCUGGCUCCAUAAACAGGGCUGAGCUAAGAUUAGCUUCCCUCUGGCUAUGGGGCUUCUGUUUGUCCCCACCCAAUAAUCUCUGACCUAUAUGGGAAUCCCAGAAAUGCCCAAAUGGAAAGGAGACCCCUCCCUUGUGCAGGACAGUAAUGCAUUGCUAGUGAGUGGCCAAAAUGUAGGACAUGACAAGAGUGUGGACUGAAAAAAAAAGGCCACCCAUUUAAUGCCGAAUGUGAAAGAAAGCUGGACAAGAAAACUGAAUGCAACAAAACUGAAAUGUUUUAAAGAUGUUUUUCAUACAAAGCAGUAACUUUGAUGUCAAAACAUUGAUUAAAAUAAAAGCACCAAUACAUAGUGAAAACAAUGCAAAUGUAAUAAAAAAAUAUACACCUCA